AGCUCGCGGAGUCGCGGUUCUCACUGUUUUUGAAAAUGUCUGAUCGUGGCAAGAGAAAGAAAACUGUCGUGGAAUUGUAUGACAAGAAGAGAAAGACAUCAGAAGAAAGAAACAAGACCAGAGUGUUUUUGGGAGAAAGUUUUACACGCUGGUGUGCGCUUAAAACACAGAUUGGACUUCCCACUGAUGCCUCAGUCGCGAAGGUUCUACUGGACAGCUAUGAUAAAAUUACAUCCACUCCGCUGACACACACUCAAUGGGUCAGACCCCAGGCUCCAGAUGUGUCCACAAUUAUGGAGUCACUGUCUGAUCGAGAAGCGGAUUUCUCUGUGAAGGGAGUCGAGAAAAUGGCCAGCAGUAGUGCCAGUGGGGAAGAAAGCACUGUUCCACAAGAGGAAGCACGGGCCUCAACUAGUGUAAAUAUUGAUGAAGAUGCCUUCAACAAUCUACAAAAUUCAAUGAUUGACUGGGAUGAUGAAACUUGGACUCCAGAUACAGAGACACAAUCAAAGUCAUCCUCAGAAGAUGAUGACACUGAGGAGAUGGAACUCUCAGGUGAAACCCAUGAAACCUUCGUUGACAUGGAUGAAGCAGAAGACCUGGAUCCUCAAAUAUGCAUUAGAUCUGUUGUUGCCCUCCCAAAUGGAAUGUCAUUAGAGAAUUAUCCAGUGAUUGGCCUUGAUGAGACUGUGCACGAUGACCCGGAAAUUAAUGAAGAUGAAAGGCAGGAAGUUGCCACACCACCAGACGCACCUAUGGUACUCACAGAGGAAGACGUCAUCGGUCGGCCCACAUCUAUAGUUUAUCUGGACAUUUUAAAGCAGCUGCUGGACUUCCUUAUUCUUCCAAUUGAAAAAUGCACAGUGAAGGAUUCCAUCACAAAGGCACCCUGUAAUGCAGUUAAGCCAUUUGAGGUUUCUGUAAAAUCUAGGUGCUCAGCUGUCAUUGCAGAAUGGAUAUGUCCAAAUGGUCACACUGUUUGGAAGUGGAGUUCACAGCGGUAUUUCAAGUAUGGAAUGCUCGCUGGGGAUUUUAUGUUGGGUGUAAACAUCCUCUUGUCUGGAAACAACUUCCGGAAAAUAGCUCUGCUCUUCAAGUUUAUGAACUUGGGGAUGAUAGACCGGAAUACAUUCUACAAAAUCCAAAACUAAUUUUGUCUGCUGAAUAUUGAAGAUAUGUGGAAGAGGGAGAGUAGCAAUGUCAUCAGCCAGUUGAGUUCAAAGGACUCUGUUGUGCUCCUUGAUUA